CAUGAUCUGAGCUCUUCUGUUUUGGAGGUAGUUUUAGAUUGUUUUUAGUCAGACAUCUUGAAAGGCAGUUUGUUGUAUUUUUAUAGGAGGAUUUCAUGCACAGAUCACACAGUGAGACAGGGUGGAGUGAAGUAGAGAACAGGGCAGUUUGGUACGCCUGAUUCCAUAAAUUGCACAGAUCACACAGGGAGACAGGGUGGAGAGAAGUAGAGAACAGGGCAGUUGGUACACCUGAUUCCAUAAAUUGGGUGUCGUCUUCAUGUUAUCAUCGUCUCCUCUCUCGCUUUGUAUAAACUUGGUAACUGAUGUCACGUGUCUUAAUAUAAUAAAGAAGAAAAACCGAACCCAGCCUUGGAUGUUUAUAUACUAACUUUUAAUACAUAAAUAGCCAAAGGUUACACAUGUAUGAUACAACUGAGCGGAAUAUACUUUUCUGAAUUGUUUCUAUAAGAGUCAGACUAAAAUGGAAGAAACUUACGUACAAACGAAGGAAGAUAAAACGUUACAUGGAUCAAACGAAAGAAAUGAUAUUGGAACUGAAGAGGAUUGUCUUGACGAAGAAAACAAAAUGAAAGAAGAUGAGAAAGCAUACGCAACUGACAUAACAAAAAUACACGAAGAGGAUACAGUGUCUGACGUGAAUGCACAAGCUGUCGAUGACAAUAUUCUACUUUGUAAUCCAUGUUUGUAUGAUGACACGGAGGAGGGAGCUGUCGGGUUCUGUGUAAAUUGUGUUGAAUAUUUAUGCCAAGGAUGCUGCCGAGAUCAUAAGAAAAGUAAAGUCACUAGACACCAUAAGAUAAUACGGGAUAACUUACCAAAGGACGCAUCAAUAUUUAGAUUGGUGAAGGAAAUGACAUCAUGUUCCGAACACCAAGAUAUACUGGUAUCCCAUAAAUGUGAAGACCAUAAUGCAUACGUCUGUGUUAUGUGUAUUGCAGGGGGUCACCGAGAGUGCGAACAUGUGACUGAACUACAAAACGAACGAAAUAACAGUGAUAUCAGUAUGAUGGAAGCCGCUGGAAAACUAAGUGAGAUUCAAGAAAAGUCGAAAUUGGUUGUAAAAUCUCGUGAAGAAAAUAUUGAAACGUUGAUCAAGGAGAAAAACAAAAUACAGGAAACGAAUGCUGCCCUUCUCGAGCAAGUCUUUAACAACCUAUCAUUACUCGAACAGGAUGCUAUAAUUAUGUCCGAGAACGUUACACAGUCAGAGGUGUCGUACUUAAGAAAGGACAUUGAUAUUUGUAAAGAUUUAGAAAAACAGGGAAUUAUGUUUGCCCAACUUUUGGAUACAGCAAAACAGCACUAUGGCAGUACAGAAUUUGAUAUAAUUACGAAAGGUAUACAGGAAAAAAUAUCCGGUAUCGACCGUGCCUUGGGAAAACAGCAACGAAUUGGUGAAAUCCAUUUAAAGUUUAAACAGAAUCCGUUAUUUAAUAGAAUUGAGACACUUGGUCACCUGAAAGUAUGUCGAGGAGAUACUGAAAACAAAACUCAAGGUAUUGAAGGUUCAAGCGAUGAAAUUAUUGAACACGAUGAUGUACCGUUAACUUUCCCAGAGCAGAAAAUGGCAGGGAAGGAAGAUGAGACGAGGGAAAAGCAGCCGACGAAAGGAGAACAUAAAUCUCGCAAGAAAAAUAAAAAAAGUAAAAAGUACUCCGUAAGAUUUUCUGGAGACGUGAACGUUUGCUGCAUUAAUGGAAUAAUUAUCCUUCAAGAUGGAAGAGUCGUGGUGAUAGAUCAAGAAAACAGAAAGAUAAAAGUCUUCAGUUCAGGUGAUUGUAAACAAAUCUGCGCUCAUUCGCUUGAGGCCCAACCAGUUGAUAUAUGCAAGACUGGUCCUAAGAACUUCGCUGUCGUGUAUAAAGAUAUAAAAUUAAUUGAUAGGUUUACAGUUGAUGGUAAAACGGUGAAGCUUGAACGGAGUUGGAAAACAAAGUAUUUUAAUGUUGGUAUUACUAUGGAUGGCGAACUUUACGUGGUCCUAUGCAGGGUAAACGGCAACAAUGGCGACGGCAUAAGCAUACAGGUUAGAAGAGACACCGACUGUAAGGUUCGUCUAGAAGCAAGCGUAUCCGAAGGAGAUGAAGGGACAAUUGAUAGUGAUGGAUGCAGCAUUUGUUCUAUCGAAGGCGAUAUUAUCAUCGCAAGUAAAACUCUUGGAAUCAGUAUAUUUCGCAGGAAUAACGUUGAAAGUCUAGAGACCAUACGGACAUUAAAUGCUUACGAUGAUACGUCCCUUAACCUUACUGGACUCGCUGUUGACAAGGACGCUGAUUUAUAUGUCUGUUCGUCAUCAUCUAGAUCCGUGUAUCAAAUUGCUGCCAAAGAAUAUAACCUUAUGAAGCCUGUUGCCUCUGGAAUCGAUGGACAUACGGCUGUCACUGUUAGCAACAAGAAAGACCGAAUUAUUGUUGGAUGUCAAAAUGACAACUACUUACAUGUUUUUUUACCUAAAACAAUGAAGAGAUGAUUUGUAUGUUCAAAUAAAGAAAGCUUCACUGAUCCCAUUUUCUCGAGAUACGUUAGAUCAAUUCAAAGAUAAAAAAUUGACUUCCAUUGGAACUAUCAACAAAGGAUCUACUAAUACUUUCUUUAUUCGCUUUCGGUCAGUUAGGUUAUAAAAAUAUUUUAUUUCGUGAUUUUAGUAUAUCAGUAAAUUAAAAAAAACAUGAUGUUGACAAAUCAUAAUCAGAUUUAAGAUACACUAACAAAGUUCUUGUGUAAUGGAGGUAAUAUUUCACCCGCUGUACAUUCAAGAUGUAUGUGUUCCGUGCGAUAGAUAGAAUGAUUGUGCGAGUUCAGUGUAAUCAAAAAUGUAAUUAUUUUUCAGUAGUAAAUUGAGCAAACUCGUUACAGGGUAAAUGUUUAGAAUUUAUACCUUUAAAAUUCUAAUAAACUGUAUUUGAUCUUUCUUUAACUGAAUGAUUUUGAUGCAUACUUUUAUUUUUUGAUACGAGUGUAUGUUGUGUUAUAUAUGACUGAGUCAAUUAUUCAACUAAUUUGUAAAUGAUGAUUGUAUAAAACUUGCUUUAUCUUUUCGAUGAUUAUACAUAAUUCAUUUUUGAUUGUUCAUGUAUUUUUUAUUAAUUACGGACGGCUACAUUUAAAAGAUGUAGUAUAUGAUUGUAUAUUUCUUACUGUGUAAUCUUUAGAUAUUUAUGAUAUUUAUUAUUAUCAUCAUUAAUAUUGCUACUAUUGCUAUUAUUAACAGUCCACUUUACAUUUAUAUCAAAUUUCAUAGGUCGAGUAGGAAUAAUAUCAUUAUCAUCAAUCAUGUGAUGUGAGGUAGAAGAGAUAGAAGAUAUUGGAUGUGUUCUAUCCUUACGUUAAAAUAGAAAGAACAGGCGCGUACGCGCACAAUUACUUGUACAGAACAUAGCUAUCAUAGAUGUAGCUGAUUCAGAAAACGACGAAAUGUUAUUAUUAAUUUAUAAACUAAUAAAUGUAAUUCUUCAAUACUUUUUUCUUGUCCCACUGAAAGAAAAUGUCGAGUAGAAUAUGUAGAAAUUGGAUAAAUAAAGAUUUUCGAGUAAGACUGGAAA